AUUUGCACCUGAUUAGUGAUCAUCACCUCUCACAAGCAGUCAUCUAACCACACUUAUCAUCAUCCCUCCAGUCGAUCCAGACCGAGGCAGGCGUACGUGAGAUGGCGUGGAGGAGGACGUUGCUCGCGCUGGUGGCCGUCGCGGCGGCGGCGGCGGCGGCGACGCGCGCCGAUGCGUGGCACAACUACGGCGCGGCCAAGUUCACGGUGACCGGCUCGGUGCUGUGCCAGGACUGCACCAAGAGCUGGAACGCCUACGCCUACAACGCCAAGCCCAUUCCAGGGAGCAUGGUGGGCAUCACCUGCCUAGACAAGGAGACGGGAAGGACGGUGUACCACGGGACAGACAAGACGGAUGACAAGGGUAUGUUCAAUAUUGAGGUGCCAUACACUGUCGGCAGCGCCCACCUCCACCCAUCAGCAUGCCUCGUCCGCCUCGCCUCCUCCGGGGACCACGGUUGCGCCGUCUUCACCAACUUCAAUGGCGGUAAGACUGGCGAGCGGCCGUGCCGCCCCUCCCAUGUCUACCCCGGAAGGGUCACCUACUCCGCCGGCCCCUUCUACUUCACCCUGUCCCAGUGUGACGUUAAGGACGGUGCCACCUACUGAUCGACCGUCUUUUGAUCUUUUCAGUAGCAGGCCUAUAAAUUAAGUUUUUUCCGUUAUAUGAUAUCCAAUGGUUUUGAGAACGCGCAGAAAUAAUUCCGUUGGUUGUUAGUGUGUUGUUUGGCCUUUGUAAACGGCGAUGGACUGAUGGUGUGUCUGUGAUAUGCAAUAGUACUUUUGAGCUAAUAUUGUCGGAUUGUGAGUUUCUGAUUAUACUUUGUUUUAUUCCAACCUAAAGCUCUAUGAAUCUC